CUCUUUUUUUUUUCCCGUCGGUUGUGGAAGCGAGAUAGUGACAUUUGUAUCGAGAGGUGGAAGAGGGUUUUCUAGGGUUUCUUUUAUUCGACCCAUGGCGUCGAAUCCAGAGCUAAGCUCUAAUGAAUCCCCUGUCGAAACCCUAGAAGAGAACAGACCGGGUACUGAUCUUGUUGAUGGAUCUCCAGGAGAUGCGUCUAGGGUUCAGAAUCAGGAUGGAGAUGGGAAUCGAGCGAAAGAGGAGGGUUUUGUUACUGGAGAUUCUACGGAGAAAGGGGGUUCUGUUGUCGGAUUAGGAAGUAGUAAGAAAGAUGGCUCCUUUGAGGGUUUAGAAACAAAGGGGCGAAAGGAGGCAGAUGGGGAUUUGGGUUCAGUUGCCCACUACAAAUUUUCUCUUGGAGAGGAUAAAACUGGGUUCUUUAUUGAUGAUUUGGUUUGGGGCAAGGUUAAGAGCCAUCCUUGGUGGCCGGGGCAAAUCUUCGAUCCGAAAUAUGCAUCAGAAAUGGCAUUGAAGAGGCAGAAGAAGGACCAUUUUCUGGUUGCAUAUUUUGGGGACAAAUCUUUUGCUUGGGUUCCCGAAUCCAACUUGAAGCCCUUUCAAUCAAAUUUCUCGACGAUGGAGAAGCAGAGCAGUAUGGAGUCCUUUUCGAAUGCGGUUGAUUCAAUUAUUGAAGAAGUUUCGAGGCGGGUUGAAUUGGGAAUGGCUUGUUGUUGCUUGGCGGAUGAAAUUUAUGCUGAUUUGAAGUAUAAGCAAGUUGAGAAUGCUGGGAUUCUUGAAGGAACGUGCAGUUCUACUGUAGAUAGGUCCUGGUUUGUGAAUGCUUUUCAACCCCAGUCUCUUCUCGAAUGUAUUCGGGUAUUGGCUCAGUGUCCAUUUGGACGGUUUGAUAGACUAGGGCUUACGAUAGCUACAGCUCAAUUGAAGGCUUUUUACCAUACAAAGGGUCGCGCUGAACUUGCUGCAUACGUUUCUGGUGACGGUUUGGUAGAAAAUGAUGCUGAGGUCCCAAUUUCUGAAAGUAAAGUAUCUGGGAAAGCUAAAGCUAGUUCAGCUCCUAUUGCAUUAGCUAUCGAGUCUGGGAAAAAAACAAGAGGAAGACCACGUAAGAAUCCUAUUCCUGAAGAUGUUACCGAGGGGAAGAGUCUAAAGAAACAGAAGAAAGAAGAAGAUGCUCAACGACAUGCUGUUUCAACUCCAGUUGCUUCAACUAUCAACUCUGGGAAAAGGAGAGGAAGACCACCUAAGAAUCAUAUUUCUAAAGAUGCCAGUGAACAGAAGAAAGAAGAAUAUGCUCAGCUUGCUAGUUCAGCUCCAGUUGCUUCAAAUGUAGAAUCUGGUAAGAGACAAAGACGCAGACCUAGCAAGUACCAAAUUUACGAGGAUGGUACUACUGAUCAGAAGAGUUCAUCUGAAGAGAGGGAAGAAGAUGAUAAUUAUCUGGCUGAAGGUGAUGAAAUUGGAUCUAAAGUGAAAUCUACUAGAGCAUCUUCCAGGAAACAGAUGAUUGAUUCGGAUUCUGUUGGAUUGGGAAGAAGGAAAAGAGGGAAAAUCCAUAAAGAGACUGACUCAGAGACUGAGAUACUCUCAUCAACUCGUGCUAGGUCCAUGAAGGUUGGAGAUCGAAUCAGACGAAUUUCAAAUCAACUGAAAGGGAUGCCAGGCAUUCUCAAGUCUAAUGAGAAAAGUCCACGAGAUAAUGUAUUUGCUGCGGAGGAUUAUUCUUCUCCAAGUGAAAUGCUGUCACAGCUCUGCCUUGCUGCUGCAGAUCCUUCAGAGGGACAAGAUUUUCUGUCUAUGAUUAUAAGCUUCUUCACUCAUUUUAGGGCUUCAAUUGCAUCUAGCUCUUUUGAGGAUCAGGAGCCUGUGAAAUCGACAGGAAGAAAAAGAGGCAGGAAAAAGAAAGUAACCAGCUCUGAGCCUUCCUCUUCUGGAAUUUCUGGUCCGGAUUAUAUUCAGGACUCUUAUUGGUCUGAUAUUGUACUUCAAAGCAGUCCAGAAAGAGAACCGGUAUCGAAGGGACAAAAAAGGAGUCAUAAAUCUCAGAAGAAGGGGAAAAUGAAGAACACAAGGACUGCAGGGGAACAAGAGGUGAAUGGAGAGAGAAUUACAAGGAACAUCGUGGAGGCAGUCAAGGAAGAGACACCAACUGCGCUGAUAUUGAGCUUCACCGAGACUGAUUCCCUUCCUUCGGUUGCUGAACUCAUUAAGAUUUUCAGUCCUUAUGGGCCUCUCAGGGAGGAAGAAACUGAGGUUCUGAGAAAAACAAGCCGUGCUAAAGUUGUUUUCAAAUAUCGUCAUGAUGCAGAGAAAGCUUUCAGCAGUGCAGGAAAAUAUAGUGUUUUUGGGCCAGCACUUGUCAGCUACCGUCUAAGGUACACACCAUCACCCAAAUCUUCUCCAGCUACCUCUCCUCAAGGCAAGAGUGAUGCUUCACCGAGUAAAGAUGGUAAUUCAAAACUUCAAGGCACCGAAGUUCCAACUGCUAAUAUGUGAGCUGAAGAUAUUUGCAGCAGAUUAUGUCGAGUUAAACUGGCGGAUCAUCUUAGAAGGUUUUCAUUACAAUUAACAGAAAGGUUAUGCUGGUAUGUUUUUAUCUUGCAUCGAAUCUUACAUGUUCAGGCUACUUCUUAGUUUUUGUUCUAUACUAGGUGUAGAAACUGAUCUUUGUUGUUGACCUGCCAAAUUUUGUACUGGCAUUUUCUGGUGUGAUUGGGUUACUCGUAUUUUGUGUAUAAGUUAACUCUGUAAAUGCAUUGAGGUCAAUCUAUGUUCUGGAGUUUUAGUUA